CUGCUUCAUAUGGGUCGAGAUUAUCCACAAGGUUAUGAUUUUUUUCGUUCACGAUUGAAAAAAGCUUUCCAACGGAACAGUGAUAUCAGUGAUCCAGAACAAAUACAGUCUUUGGUCAAACGUGGAGAGUUUGUUGUUAAAGAAAUUGAAGCCCUAUACAUGCUCAAAAAAUACAGAACCUUAAAAAAUAGAUAUUCUACAGAGGAAAAUCCAUCAAAGUCAUAGAACUAUUUGUUUAGUUUUUAUAUAUUAUUAUAAAAUACAAUUUAUUGUGUACAUAG